GACGAACGAGCUUCCAUGCAGCCGACCUCCGAUAUCCACCACCACAAUCGCCGCGACUCCGCCCUCAACCGCAUCCUAUUCCUAUCCAGUAGCACUGCUCCACGGCGACCGCCGUCCAUCUUUCGACCUGGCUUCCAUCGUCGCUCACACCCUCUGAGCGCUCGCGUUAUUCUUGAAUAACAUACGUCAACCUUGCCCGCCAUGGCCGAAGGCUACCAGGUUUUGGAAGAAUUGGGCAGCGGAAGCUUCGGAAAGGUGUACAAAGCUAUCGAGAAGGCCACCGGAGAGACCGUUGCGAUCAAGCUGAUCGACCUCGAAGAGAGCACCGACGAGCUCGCGGAUAUACAGGCCGAGAUCAACUUGCUCAGCACAUGCAAGAGCCCCUGGGUCACGGAAUACAAGACGAGCUUCGUCAAGGGUGUCAAGCUAUGGAUCGUCAUGGAAUUUCUCGGAGGAGGCUCAGCUUUGGAUCUGAUGAAACCCGGCCCCUUCAGCGAAGCGCACAUUGCCAUCGUCUGCCGAGAACUCCUGCUAGGCCUCGACUAUCUCCAUUCGACGGGCAAGAUCCAUCGAGAUAUCAAGGCGGCCAAUGUCCUCCUCACAGACGCCGGUAAGGUCAAGCUCGCGGAUUUCGGCGUCGCCGCACAGCUUACGAACCUCAAAUCGCAACGGAUGACGUUCGUGGGCACCCCGUACUGGAUGGCGCCCGAGGUUAUACAGGAAGCCGGCUAUGACUUCAAAGCGGAUAUCUGGUCUUUGGGCAUUACUGCUAUGGAGCUUGCCUUGGGACAGCCGCCGCUUGCUGGAUCGCAUCCCAUGAAGAUCCUCUUCACCAUCCCUAAAAACCCGGCUCCCCGCUUGGAGGGAGACCAGUGGAGUAAGGAUUUCAAGGACUUUGUGGCGCAAUGCCUGAUAAAGGACCCCGAUCGACGAGCGAGUGCAAAGGAGCUACUGAGGCACCGCUUCAUUCAACGUGCCGGAAAGGUCGAGGCGAUGCGCGAAUUGGUCGAGAGAAAGCAGAUGUUCGACGCGCAGGAAGAGACGACCAGCCAUCCGAAGUAUUAUGAGGAGACCAUGGUCGACCUAUCUCCCAGGACCGAAGAGGAUGAGUGGACCUUCGACACUGUCAAGCCUGCUACGAUGACUCCAGCACGCCACACAGCGAAGCGGCGCAAGAUGGCCCGCAUACCCUCCAGCGACGCCAAUUCAUGUGCCUCUAUGAUGCAGCACCUGGACCUCAACGCCGGUCCGCUGGGCAAUGUCACAGACUCGCCGCUUCCGGAACGCCGCCGCGCAUCGUCUCGCAAGUCAUCCGCAGGAACCGCCAUUCGUGUUUCUUCAGGUUCGACGCCGACGGCUCGCCGCAUUAGCAAUGUGCCGAAGCAACCUCUCGGUCUAGACCUCACCUUUGGCAACUCGCCCUCCACUGUGCGACACUUCAAGCGCGUCUCGUCCGGUGAACGGCGGGCAGCUCUGACUUCAAAUCCACCACCCCCCAGUAACUCAUUCCAUCCGAACCCUCAGGCCCGGACGUUCCGCCCAUCACCGCCGAACUCUGCCCAUCCUCUUGACAUGGAAGUGAAUAAUGAGAACCAGCCGCCAGCGCCGGUAUACCCUCCAAUGCCCGUAACGAAGGACGCGCUUUACGGACGGCGAGCAUACGGCAAGGUGCUCGAUUCUGUCUUUCAAGAAGCAUAUGCAGACUGCGCAUCGCCCCAUCAGCGUGAAGCCCUGGGCCGGGUGCAUCAAGCCUGGGCACACCUUGAUCAGAUCGACCCUCAAGGCGAAUUUCUGCUUUUGAAAGCGAUGAUGGACCGGCUGCAAGGUGACUCCAAGCUCGCGUCUGCCCUCGGAGUUACUGUCUCUCCAGCUCCAACUCCAAAGCAGCAUAAUACGAAGACGAGCGAAACGAGCCUCAGCGGUACCACCAUCCACGGAACUAGCACUACCCGCAUCCGAUCUAAUACGACAAACGCAGCAAGCUCCCUCAGCAAGCAAUCAGCGGAUUACAGCGCUACGCCCACACAAACACCCUUCCAAACCCCCAUCGAGACUCCCACAGGCACUACCUCGGCCUCUCCCAUCAAAGGCCCCAAACUCGUCCUCGCCCAGAACAAUCCGCAUCUCAAGUCGCAUCGUCGCCGCCAGAGUGCUUUCGUUGGCGGCGAAAAGGCGUUUGGGUUGGAUGCGUAUGGCGGUCUGGAUGAGAAGAAGCUGCCGGGCCAUGUCGAGAAGGGUAUGGAGCAGCAGGGAUUGUUGGCUGAUAUCCUCUACGGGCAGUGGAUGCAGGGGCUGAAGUCGCGCUGGCCGCUGUCUUAGUGCGAGCGGCUGCUGUGUCGGUGGUCACAGCCUAGUCCGGCGAUUGCUGGCUGGGCGGGCGGCUAAGCUGCUUGUAUACAUGGUACGUAUGCGGUUCUACAAGUCGAUUUCUAUUCUUGCACAUAUCUUCGGCCUUGCUUGCUUCCACGCUGUCCUGGCUAAGCGGGGGAGUAUGAAGGCAUUGCAUGUUUCGUGUCUCUCCUUUGGCAUUGGCAUCAGAUGAUUCAUGACCCUUACGGCCUAAGGGUUUUUUGACGAUUCACGAUGAUGCGCGAUGCUACUCUGCAUUCGGCAUUUGCAUAUGAAAAGUUGGCGUUGUUUGGCAUUUUAGGCGUUCACAUGGCUGGACCGUGGUGGAUUUCAGAGAGAUAGACAGCUCGAUGUAAUAUGG